GUGAAGACGUGUGUCGAGGUGUUUUAGUGUAUCUAUCUAUUGUGUCGAAGGAGAAGUUAAAAGUUUCGCGUACAGUUUUGAUAUACCAAGACUGCGUGUAACACAAUGAGUGCCACAACUGAAGAAUCUACAACGGCUCUCAAAGAGAUGUCAUUUGCUGAGAGACAGAUGGAUCGCAUGAAAAGAUUGCGAUCACUGCACACUGCUAGAAAUGAAGCAAGGACGCACAACCAUCAAGAAGUAAUUGCUGAGGAGGCCAGGAACAACCUGCCGCCGAAUUACGAGGCGAAGCGACGACAAGCUGAAUGGCUGCUCGACGACCAAGCAAAGCGUCAAGAGGCAGAGAAAGCAGGGAAAGAUUACGACAGAGUGAAACUAUUAAACAUAUCAGCAGUAGAGGCUGAGCGACUUGAACGUAAAAAGAAGAAGAAGAGUCCUGAUGAAGGAUUCUCUACAUAUGAACAAGCAACCGUGAGGCAAUACAACAGGCUGGUUAAAAAUAUGCCAGCAGCUGAUAUGGAACAGUAUGAGAAACAGAAACAGAAGUAUGGCGAUGCUUUCUAUGGUGGACCUAAUGUUAUCAUUCAUGGAAUGCAUAAGGACCGCAGACAAGCUGUCGACAAGAUGGUUGAUGACCUGGAAGGGCAGAUUGCCAACAGAGCUCGUUACUCUAGGAGACGUGCACACAAUGACGAUGCAGAUAUUGAUUACAUUAAUCAGAGAAAUGCAAAUUUCAACAAGAAACUGGAGAGAUUUUACGGAGAGCAUACAGCUGAAAUUAAACAGAACUUGGAGCGUGGAACUGCCAUAUAGUUAUUGUAAGGUAAAACUAUUUGUCCAAAGCUGUUGAACCUUGAUAGUACAGUUAGUUGUAGUGGUUUGGGGUCUAAUUUGAUAAUAAUUGUAUUUUAAACUAAAUCAUAGUUAAUUGUGAUGUAAUUGUUAAUGUUUAUAAUUAUGAGCCUCUAG